AACAGACUCUAGAAGAAGGUGCGGAAAGAUACAGAAAAACGAAAAUGUAAAUUUGUCUUGGUUUCCAACAGGUUUUCCCCCCCUUUUGCCGCGUCACAACCUUCCUCUGAGACCUGACUCCUAUAGCCCGCCCGCCAGUGUGGUUGUGGUUACUACUACGACGCACUAAGACGCAGGUCAUGCAUUAUCAGCACCGCCACAGAAUCUACAUUCUUCCACACAAUUCCAUGAGGCGCGACUGUGCUGCAGCCUCCCCUUCUUCCAUCUCAAAACCCGUCCGCUCAAUCCAAAUUCAAGUCUCAGCGCCUAUUCUCGACUCGAUUUGAACUUGACAUUUGACUCUGACGUUUUUGUUUGAGACACUUUUCUCUCUUCUUUUCAGUGGGAUAAACUCCCCUCUGUUUUGACAUUUGCGAAUUCCAGCGCUCUUAUCGAUCGCCUCUUUCCCCCCUCCACUUAUUCGAAUCGAAUUUUAGAGACCCAAACCCGUUCAAACUCGCCGCAGCGCAGCCCCGCCGUCGGGAGACUCGAGAUACACCCUUUGGCGAACAAGGUACGCAUAUAAGAACACUGUCUUCUCCCUGUGCCGGAUGCUCGGUGUAUGAUGUUGUCAUAAUUCAUCUUCUUUGCCCAUCAUAUUGUUGUUGCGCGCGUGAAAAUCUGCGUCUUUGUUUGCCUUGUCUGGGCUUUACUAAUAUUCAACAACAGUCCUCGCCUCCCCUGUUAUCUUGGACCCUGCGAUAACAAAACACAACUCGAACAACCGACACAAUGGUCAAGGAAACCAAGUAUUACGAUACCUUGGGCGUAUGUUCUAUCGAUCCCCGAACAAACCUCGAACAACUGCUAAACUGGAUCACAGGUUGCCCCUACUGCUACUGAGCAGGAACUGAAGAAGGCUUACAAGGUCGGAGCCCUCAAGUACCACCCUGACAAGAACGCACACAACCCCGAUGCCGAAGAGAAGUUCAAGGAAAUCUCUCACGCCUACGAAAUUCUCUCCGACUCUCAGAAGCGACAGAUCUACGAUCAGUAUGGUGAGGCCGGCCUCGAGGGAGGUGCCGGCGGUGGUGGAAUGGCCGCUGAGGACCUGUUUGCUCAGUUCUUCGGUGGUGGUGGUUUCGGUGGCAUGGGCGGCAUGUUUGGCGGUGGUGGUAUGAACCGUGGCCCCCCCAAGGCCCGCACCAUCCACCACACCCACAAGGUUACCUUGGAAGAUAUCUACCGAGGUAAGAUCUCGAAGCUUGCUCUCCAACGGUCGAUUAUUUGCCCCAAGUGUGAGGGUCUCGGUGGCAAGGAGGGUGCUGUCAAGCGAUGCACUGGCUGCGACGGCCAUGGCAUGAAGACGAUGAUGCGCCAAAUGGGCCCCAUGAUCCAGCGCUUCCAGACUGUCUGCCCUGACUGCAACGGAGAGGGCGAGAUCAUUAAGGAGAAGGAUCGCUGCAAGCAGUGCAAUGGAAAGAAGACCACCGUCGACCGCAAGGUCCUCCACGUUCACGUCGACAAGGGUGUUCGCAGCGGCACCAAGGUUGAGUUCCGAGGUGAGGGUGACCAAGCGCCUGGCGUCCAGGCUGGCGAUGUCGUUUUCGAGAUUGAGCAGAAGCCCCAUGCCCGCUUUACUCGCCGGGAUGACGACCUUCUUUACAACUGCGACAUUGAGCUUGUUACAGCUCUGGCUGGUGGUACCAUCUACAUCGAGCACCUCGACGACCGAUGGCUUGCCAUUGAUAUUCUUCCUGGCGAGGCUAUUUCUCAAGACGCUGUCAAGAUGGUUCGCGGCCAAGGUAUGCCUUCUCCCAGGCAUCACGACUUCGGCAACAUGUACAUCAAGUUCAACGUGAAGUUCCCCGAGAAGAACUGGACCGAAGAUCCCGAAGUUUUCGAGACCCUCCGCAAGGUUCUCCCACCCGCCACGCAAAACGCACCUCCCGGCGACGCCAUGUCCGAACCCGCCAGUCUUGAGGAUCUGGAUAACACAACCCAGAACAGAGUAUUUGGCAACUCCGACGGUAUGAUGGACGAAGAUGACGAGGAUGGCCAUCCCGGCGGUGAGCGUGUGCAGUGCGCCUCGCAGUAAGCUAGUCGAAAGAGAGCGGCGCAAUAAACACACACGGCGAGUGCCAUAACCACAUCAAUAGGGCAUUUCGCACAUCCACAGUCUUAGUCAGAGACAGUGCAGCUGAGGGUGGACGUCAGUCCUUGUUGGCGACGUCGCUUAAUCGUUCAAUGAUACCAAAAUUAGCAGAGGAUACGGUCUUCUAGGGAUUGUGAGCGAGCGUGGUGCUGGGGAUAAGGUGCAGUUGAGUGGGCACCUGAGUUGAACCCCGAACGAUCGUGUUUGAGGGGUUAGUGAAGGUGGAGGAGCAUUCGAUCAGGCUUGGUUGGCGUUUUGAGGACAUAGACGAUUCAAAUGAAUUUGGUAGUAGCAGACGUAGACCAUGAACAUGAUGAUUUGUUUGUUAUUCUAAUAUUGGUUGGCGAAACCUGUAAAGCAUAC